CAAUCGCCAACGGAGAAGAACCCCGUGAAGAAUACUGGGGAACUAACAUGUUCAUUGAUCGUACCUCCAUCCCUGACUUUAGGUACGAAAUCAACAGGCAGAAUGCAAGAAUCAACUGCGACCAAGAACUUAUUGAAGCAAUCCCAAACGACUACCCACCACGGAACUUCCAAUAUCUGGAUGGGAUACGACACUUCAUUAUCAGAAGGAGAGAGGAUGGAUACCCUGUGGCCAUCUUCGACAGUGAACGAGUCCGAGACCAUAUUGAAAGAGACCCUCUUGGAUGGGAAACAGAAGGAAUGGAGGCCAACAUGGCAAUCGAUGAGUGGAAUGCCCAGAAUAGAAAUGGACCAAAAGACUAUUGGCUCUUCUACUUACCUUUCCUUACAGGACUCCUAUGGGGACACAAGAAGAUUGUCCGACCACACGACGUCCAAUAUGAACUCCGAGACCAUGAAAACAAACUUGUAUUCUCCUGUGACAUGGACGAUGUCCUCGGACACUGGAGCAACGUCCGAACCAGUCAGUGGUCACAUGAUGCCCAACAAAAUGUCGAUGAGUUCAUGGAUCGAGCACAUGGAGAGGGAUGGGAAGACGAUUACUUCCAAGCACUACGAGAAAGAAGAUCGGCCAUGGAAGAAAUCCGAUCAAGUGUCCAACCAGAACCCCAGCCAGAUACAAGUGUCAACAGUGGAUUCAUGCCACAGUUCGAGGCCUCAGAAUUCCUAGACCUGUGGAACGAGAUAAUGAAGAAUAUGAGUACAGGGACAGACCUUUUAGCCCUGUGGGAAGAGGAAGUAAUGAAGAGGGAUCAAGAAAUGAACGAGAAGCAAUCGACCGAAUUCAGCCCUGGGAAAUCGACCAAUCAGAAGACGGAAUCACCCCUUAUGUCAUCAACAAUAAUGGACCCAAUUACUUCGGCAACCGCCACCGGACAAUCGAACAUAAUGGCAGAAGCAUCAGCUGUGUCAUCAUCUGCGAACAGCCAAUGUGGAUUGGAGGAAUUGAUGAUGGACAAUGGUUCGACGACGAGUGGAGGUCAGGAAGACUCGUCAUACCAGGCACCAGAAUCCCAACAUAUUCCGUCUAUGAAGUCGAUGACGAAGAGGAAGAUAGAGAUGACAGAUGCGACACACCUGACAUAUACGAGAAAUAUGAACAGGAUCGCUCCUAAAAGGAAAUUAACUGGUGCAGAGAAGAUGAAGAAACAUAGAGAAAAAAGGAGGAAAGUGAUAGAUAGAGAGGAAGAUUGGAGAAAGUUGUGGGAGGAUGUGAAAGAAGAAAUGGAGUUAGAAUUAGAAGGAGGAGGAACAAUUAACAAGGGACUAUAUUAUACAAUAGGAUUAGUGAUAGAAAAUUAUCCGAAAGGAAAGAAAGAGCUAUCUCAAUAUAGAAUCAAGAUAGCUAAAAGAAUAUAUACAAUGUAUCGAAACAGCAAUGAAAUUGAUGAUGAGAUUGGAAUAUAUAAGAUAAGUAGAGAAAAAGAGAGGGAAUUAAGAAAGUUAGCUAGAAAGCAAUGG